CUAAACUCUUUUUAAACAAUUCCCCUUCUUUUUCAUCAUUCAUUUCUCUUCUUAAUUAAACAUUUACAUAUCUUUGUUCCUAGUAUUAUUUUCUCCUGAAAAUCCAUCAAUUGAAAAUCAAUAUUUCUUGAACUCAUUUGCUAGAUUAAAGGAGCUAAAAACAACCGUAAUAUCCAUUUUUGGGAUUUUUAUUUCCCAAUUUUGACCUUCAAAGCUCAUUUGGUUAAGCUGAGAACAAUUUUCAGCAACCAUUUCUUCCUAGAUUUUAACUGCCCCAAAAAUCUGGCAUUUCCCACUUUUCUGGGAUUUAUUUCCUUUGGAAUUAUAUGAUCUGAGCUUGAAACUGUACAGCUUGUUGAUUGAAAUACUCAUUUGGAGUAGAAGAUAAUGACGAUAGUUUCAAUACCGGGAAGUUCGGGGUACUUGGAUGCAAAUGAUAGGAAAGUUUCUUACUUCAGCAAUCCCUAUGUUUUGGGUUUGACUUUCGUUGCCGGUAUUGGUGGUCUCCUUUUCGGCUACGACACAGGAGUAAUAUCUGGUGCACUUCUGUACAUUAAGGAUGAAUUUCCUGAAGUCAAUCAAAGCAGUUUCCUACAGGAAACUAUUGUCAGUAUGGCAUUGGUUGGUGCGAUGAUUGGAGCUGCUGCUGGGGGCUGGAUUAAUGAUUAUUUUGGACGAAAGAAAGCUACUUUGUCUGCUGAUGUUGUUUUCGUACUAGGAUCUGUGGUGAUGGGUGCAGCUCCGGAUCCAUACAUUCUUAUACUUGGACGACUCUUAGUAGGUUUGGGAGUUGGUGUUGCUUCUGUCACUGCUCCUGUUUACAUCGCUGAAGCAUCGCCAUCAGAAAUUCGGGGGGGCCUUGUGAGCACAAAUGUACUAAUGAUUACGGGUGGACAGUUUCUUUCCUACCUUGUGAAUCUUGCUUUCACAGAGAUACCGGGAACUUGGAGAUGGAUGCUUGGAGUGGCGGGAGUGCCUGCUGCUAUUCAAUUUGUUCUCAUGCUAUUUUUACCUGAGUCUCCGCGAUGGCUUUACAUGAAGAAGGAUAAAUCUGAAGCUGCUGCUGUUCUAGCUAAGAUUUAUGAUCCUUAUCGGUUGGAGGAGGAGCUUGAUCAGCUUGCUACUGCAUUAGAGGAAGAACGCUUGAGAAAGCAGGCUAUCAGUUACCUGGAUGUUUUUAGGAAGAAAGAGAUCAGACUUGCGUUCUUUGCUGGAGCUGGACUGCAGGCAUUUCAGCAGUUCACAGGCAUCAACACAGUUAUGUAUUACAGUCCAACAAUUGUGCAGAUGGCUGGGUUUAAGUCGAAUCAGCUUGCAUUACUUCUAUCUCUCAUUGUUGCUUUAAUGAAUGCCAUGGGUACUAUAGUGGGAAUUUACCUCAUUGAUCAGUUUGGACGCAAAAAGUUGGCAUUGACAAGCUUAUCUGGUGUAAUUGUAUCCUUGAUUCUCCUUGCUGUAGCAUUCAUCUUAGAGUCAUCUACUUCAGGCAGUGUCGGGGCCUAUGGCUGGAUUGCCGUAAUAGGUUUGGCCCUCUAUAUUGCUUUCUUUGCACCUGGUAUGGGUCCUGUGCCAUGGACAGUGAACUCCGAAAUAUACCCUGAGUCCUACAGAGGAAUGUGUGGUGGCAUGUCUGCUACUGUUAACUGGAUAUCAAAUCUCAUAGUGGCCCAGAGUUUCCUAUCCUUAGCUGAGGCAGCGGGCACGGGUGUUACUUUCUUGAUACUAGCUGGUAUAGCGGUGAUGGCAUUUGUGUUUGUCGCGGUGUUCGUGCCAGAGACCAAGGGCUUGUCAUUUGAAGAAAUGGAGAGGAUCUGGAAGGAGAAAGCUUGGGGUAAUGGGUCUGGAAAAGAAGCACUUCUUGAAGCAAGAAGCUAGUUAUAAACCAUGUUGCUCUGACUU